UCUGCGUGUAUGCCAAAAAGUGUUGAUGCCCAGCACCCUCUCUAAGGACGCCGCCCUCCCCUUUGCAGAUGCUGAUCGGCUUCGAGACGGGACAGCUCGUCAUUUGGGACCUGAAGAACCGAUGCGCUGACGUCCGCUACCAGGCAGCCGAGCCCCUUCGCUCCGUCAGCUGGCACCAUGAGGGCAAGCAGUUCAUGUGCUCGCAUACGGACGGCUCGCUCACCACAUGGGGGAUCAAGCAGACCACACCGAAGCCGGCGUCGACCAUUUUCCCGCAUGCAAAAACAAACAAAGACGGUAAACAAGAACCAUGUAAAGCUAUACAGAAAGUACAGUGGACUUGUAGUAAAAACGGGGAUUCCUUCGUCAUAUUCUCCGGCGGCCUGACCAACGACAGAGCGGGAAGGACUCCGAGUAUAACGGUGAUCCACGGGAAGACGACGACCGUGCUGGAGAUGGAACACAGUGUCGUGGACUUCAUCACUCUGUGCGAGACUCCCUUUGCGAGCGAGUUUGCAGAACCAUACGCCCUCGUCGUGUUGCUGCACAAUGACCUGGUGGUCGUGGACUUACACACCCAGGGCUACCCGUGCUUCGAGAACCCGUACUCCAUGGACCUGCACGAGUCCCCGGUCACGUGCUGCACCUACCUGGCCGACUGCCCCGCUGACCUCGUCCCGGCCUUCUACUGCGUAGGCGCCAGGGGUCAGAAACGCCAGGGCUUCAGCGAGCGAGAGUGGCCCAUCUGCGGCGGCGAGUGGGGGUCGACCUCGUGUAGCUAUGCAGAGAUGAUCAUUACCGGGCACGCGGAUGGAAGCAUUAAGUUUUGGGAUGCAUCAUCUGUUAGUUUACAAGUUCUCUACAAAUUAAAAACUGCAAAGGUUUUUGAAAAGCCAAGAACCAGAAGUAUUGACGGUGAUGAAGAUCCAUUUGCAAUCCAGCACAUAUUCCUGUGUCCAGAGUCGAGGUUGCUUUGUGUUGCAGGAGCCACAGCUCACGUUAUACUCUUCAAAUACUCCAAACAAGAGACUACUGGCGAAGUUCCAUGUCUGGAGAUUCCAAUUGUGUAUGAGGUCUAUGAAUCAGGUGACUGCUCACCCGAGUACGAAUUCCCGCCUCGCCCCACACUCCAGGGAUCAGUGGAUUAUUUUGUACCGAUCCACGUCCGAGGCGGAUCACAGAAGAAGGCCUCUGGGUACCAGGCUGAUCUGGUGUGUCUUACUCCCUGGGUGGAAGGUGAACCACCAGGAUCAAUAACUGCGCUCUCUAUCAACUCGUCGUAUGGACUGCUCUCAUAUGGAAAUGAGAGUGGUCUGGUGAUUGUGGACUACAUAGCCAAGACCUGCAUCUUGAAUAUGGGCACGCCAGAGCUCUAUGGAUCAGCAGAUCCGUACCAGCGCGUUCCUCGCUCUCCAAAACGGAAUGAGUCCAACAAAGAAGAUGAACGAUGCAGGUCACCCUCGUCUGAUCAGGAUGUUAAACACAUGGGAUCCUCCAUUUUUUACCUUCAACAAACUACACAGGAGGAUUUAGAAAUUGACGGCUUAGUGAGGAAAGAAAGCAAGGAGGAUCUGAAGGACCCCAAGAAAGCUGUGAACCGCAGCGAUAGCAAAGGACGUGGAGAUUUGGAGAUCCGCAAAUACCUCCUAAGAAAGGACAGUAAAGGAGUAGAGAAAAUCAAGGAGGAAAAGAAAGAGGGAAUGCUUGAAACAGGGAAGAUGGAGAUCAGGAAGCUGCUUGGAAGGAAGGAGAGUAAAGCCAAGGAUGAGAAAGAUGGGAAGGUGAAGGAGAGCGAAAAAGAUGAUGGAGCAGUUGAUGAUAAUGCUCUGAUGAAGAAAGCUUCCUUUAGUGAGGGGAAGAAAACUGAAGACAAUGGACAAGAGCAGGAACUAGCCACAGCUGAAGAAGUAAACGAUGGAAGUAAAGGGGAGCAGAACCAAGAAUUGAAAAUGGAACAGCCAAAGUCUCGAGCGGUGUCUCCUGGUGGCGAGCUGAGAGUUGAGCAGCCAAAAUCAAGGUCUGUUUCUCCUGGUUUUGAGCUCAAAGCAGAUCAGCCGAAACCAAGGUCUGUCACUCCUGAGCCCCAGUUAAGGAGUGAGGGAGAUGCGAAGGCAGCUAACAAUGACCCAAAGAGGCAGUCUGUUUUCCGUUUGAAGGCCCAGUUCAACAAACUGGAUGCCAAGUUCAGGAAGGCAUUUUCUUCAGAAAAUAAUUCAUCCAUUGACAAUAAUUCCAAGUUUUAUGUUGAUGAUGAUAUUGUCGUUAUUGGACCUGAUGGAGAAAUGAAGGAAAAAGACCUGAAUGAUGUUCUUGAAAUCAAAGAGGAUGAUACAGAAGAGGUAUCUGAAGACCUCAAUAACUGUGUGAAUUUACUGAAUGAGGAUGAAGGUUUGGAUCAGAAUGAUGCAAAACCUACCACACUUGGUGUCAGCCCAAGACAAAGCCCAAGAGAGAGUCCUGGAAUUAGUCCAAAGCCAACUCCAAAACCAAGUCCCAUAGAAGAGACUGAUAUUCUUGAGCAUGAAUUCUCAAAAGAACAGAAAAUGAAGGAAAAUGAAGACCGCAAAUCAUCUCUUGCUUUGUUUGACAAAGAUGGCAACCCAGUUCCUCCCCCAAGGCGUAAAGUGCGACUUGCAGAGGCCAAGCAAAAAAGCAGCAAGCUUUCACAAAGUAUCUGUGAAACAAACAAUGAAGCAGGUACUGUGCAGACUCAGAAUAGUGCUCAGGGUCAAGCAGGGGGAUCUUCCUCAGUAUCUCCCACAGACAAGGAGAAAGAGGAGGGCCUUGUGGAACUCCGCAAACAGAUGCCGAAAAGCCAAGCUGGGGAAGUAACCCCUACCCAGACUCCAAGCCACCUAACACCCACACCAGCACCCACAAGCACUAAUAUAACCAGUCCAAACAGCAAGGGAGCUUUCAAGACAUUUGUCAGCCACAUCACGAAGAUGGGGUCCUCACACACUUAUCAGGACAAGCUAGAUGGCUCUUUUAGUCGAUCUCGUUCGUCCAGCAUCAGCAGCCUUGAGAAUAUUAGCAGUGAGGCAAUACAGUGUCUGGCCUUUGCUGAUUCUUAUAUAAGGAAAAAUGAUACCCAAAUGUCACCAACCCUAUGGGUAGGAACAAGUCUUGGGUCAGUCAUCCAAGUUAUGUUAGUUAUACCUCCAUUAGAAGGGCGUCUGUCUAAUCCUGCACAGGUUACUCCCAGUGGUAUGUACAAUUGGACGAUCUUUCGUCUGAAGGGUUCUGUUCUAGCAAUGUCUUUUCUGGACUGCAAUGGGGCACUCAUACCCUAUCAGUAUGAGUCCUGGAAGGAUGCCAACAAGGAAAAGAAGCUGGAACGUACUCCAACAAAAUCAUUGGUAGACAACAGAAUGUCACCAACUAACUCAGGAGAGCAGACUUGGGGAGACCGACAGUUUGUUGUGAUUGCAUCAGAGAAAGUGGCCAGAGUUGUUGCAUUACCUUCGCAGAACUGUGUAUAUAAGCAGAUCAUCACUGAGGUUUCUUUUGUUGUUAAGGCAGAAAUAAUUCAGAUUAAAGAUAGUGUAUGUCUAGUUUGUUAUGUUGCAACAGGACACCUUUCCGUGUUUAGUCUGCCCAGUCUUCGACAGCUGGUGUAUGUAGACUUCCUGCCUCUUGUUGAUCUUAGUUUUCAGACGAGGAAGACUGGCAUAGUUGAUCCUAUGCUGUCUAUUUGGGGUCAGCAAAUGUUCGUAAAUGAAGAUACUGACCAAAUUGCAAGGACUUUCUGCUUCACAAAUUAUGGUCAUGGGAUGUACCUGUGUUCUCCAACAGAAAUUCAGAAGUUUACUCUGGCCUCUGAUUUCUGCAAAGAUAUGCAAGAUCUUCUUGGGGAAUUAUUCCUUCCGUGCGAUAUGCCAGAGCCUCCAAAACAGAGCUUCUUCAAGGGGCUGUUUGGGGGCGGAGUCUCACAGUUAGAUCGGGAAGAACUCUUUGGUGAAGCAUCAGGAAAGGGAUCUCGCAGUGUGGCAAAGCACUUGCCUGGAUCAACAGCCCAGCUAGACGCUCUGAACAUCCGCGCUGGUACAGUUUCUGGGGAAAUUGCCAAAACCCGAAUGCAGUUGGUUGAACGAGGACAAAAGCUCGGAGAAUUGGAGGAAAGAACUGGAAGGAUGAUGACAGAAUCAGAGACAUUCUCCUCAACUGCACACCAGCUCAUGCAGAGGUACAAGGACAAGAAGUGGUACCAGCUAUGAAGUGACUAUCAGGUUGUUAUGGUGAUAUCAUGUACCAGUUAUAUAUUUCCCUAGCACUACAUCCUUCUCAUGAGAUGUAAGGGUAUAUGUGAUACAAAAUUAGGAGGGCACGUAGAGCGUCGCCCUUUGUCAACCUGCUGUAUACCAAAUACUUAUGGGAGGUUGAUGCAGACACUGGGGAGGUUGGGUGCCCAUUAGGAGAGGUGGUACUUGCCAUUACAGUCUUACUGUAAAUAUGGUUCUUGCAUUUAGACAUCAGCCCCACACCAUCAUUCAAGUUGUUACAGUAUUUAAGAGUAUCAGCAGGUACCUGAUACAAGUGUUAGGUGAUGCUACCCUUUAACUGUAGUUGGUGUGAUAUCAAGGUAUUAUGCUGUAGGAGAAAAAUUCCACAUUAGUGUGGGAAUUUCUUGAAGUUGUGGUGAUUGUAAAUAAGUAAAAUAUGUACAGGGAAACAGUCUUAUGAGAAUGAAUAUUGAGGAGUUAGUAGCUUGUAUUCCCAUGUGUUUUACUGGGUGUGACAUUAAUGGCCAAACUGCAUUGGGCAAAGUGCAUGGAGCUGCACUUACACAGUUACACCAAUUGGUUGUGAGCUCUUAAGAUUAUCAUUAGGUUUACUAUUCCUAAUGGUCUUUGAUCAAAUUUCCUCUUGUUCCUAUAUUCAAAUUUUGAAUUCUGUUUACCCUUUAAUUGGGCACAUGGAUAUUUUAGAUUCUUCUUCUUUGUAAGGUAUAAUCAAUAUUUGAUUUCAUAUGAUGAUCAGAAAUGCAGUACUCAGUGUUUGCUUUUGUAUACAGGGAGCACUGUUUCAUACUGUACUGACUGAAGUUAGUAUAACUUUGCCAUUGGGCUGAAAUCAGUCACUAGCACUGAAUACUAAGUACAGGAAUCCACUGUUGUUUUGUGAUAUUGUAAUGCAAUUGUUAUUGAUUGAUACACAAUGAGUGCAAAUGUGGAAUUGCUUCUAACUUUUAUAAAGUGAUCUUUGUGAAUUUGCCAAAAAUAUGUGUUUAGACCAAGGAUGCCCUAUAAUGCAUAAUUUUUGAAAAUGUUCUAUUUACUGAUAAUAUUUUAGCCAAAAAUUAUCUGAAAAAAUUUAGUUAUUUUAUAAGCUGUACAAGUAUUGAAAUAUGUGAUAUAUAGACUUUUUUUCAAAGUAGAUUGCUUUCCACUAAAAAUCAUUUAGGUAUUCUUUUUGCUUUCAAGUGAUUAAGAAAGUGUCUUAUGCUAAAUUACAAACAUGUUUGGUAACUACAGAUGAAAUAACAUUCAGUAUAUCAAUAUUCUAUAGCAUACUGACUGUAAAUGUAAUUAUUUUUCAUGUUGUGUAGAAAUUACAAACCUAGUUAUCUGUUUAAAUUACACUGUAUAUUGAUUGUACACAAAAAAUUUCAUUCUACGAAGGGUCGUCUGUAUUGGCACUGUCUCAACUUCAUUUUUAAAGCAAGUUUUUUCUUUGGAAUCGUGAACUUUAGUUAUUAUAUUUUUAAUGUAAACACUUUUGUAUCAUUAAAAAAAAAAAGAGAGAAAGAAAAGCAACCUUUCAGAAAUUAUAUUCAUGACCUGCGUGUCACUUCGUAGAUGCACAUGCAUAAGGGGGAGCCAGCCUCUGCUUUUCUAUCACAAUCUGGCUCAUGCAUCUGAUGAUUCAUCUGGGCUCUAUUACAUGAUUUCAAACAAGUUUCAAUUUAUGUAUGUAUGCGCCCCGUUGCUGACAAAUAUGCGGGUCCAUACCAAAAAAAUUGAAAUAACUAAGAGAACAUAAACCAGUCUAAUGCUAUGGUACAUGAGACUUUUCUACAUGGAGUGAGGCUAGCAUGGGUGGACGGACUAUUUAUCUGCUUGUUUUCUGAGAAAGCAUUCUUUUUGCCUUUUGAUUAAUAGCGGAUAGUCUUGGACUUUUCAUUUGGCUUGAGAAAUGUUAAUUUACACUUCGUAGUGACAAAUUGAAAGGACAUUUACUUAUCACAGUGUUUUGUAAAAUAUAAUAUCCAUGUUAAAUUCAUUAUCCACUCAGUAAUAGGUCAGAUUUAUGUAUCUUUUAUAUAUAUAUAUAUACAUAUAUGAAUAUGUAGAAAUAUAUUUAUGUAUACAAGGAUAUAGCCAUAUCCCAUUCUUUAAUGGCUUUUUGUAAAAGCUGAAAAAAAUAUGAUUGUAAUUUCUGUGAUUUAGUUUUACAACAGAAUUUUGAAGGAGAUGGAGGGUUCAACACCCCAAAAUACAGACACAACAACCAAUGCAUGUCAUCCGUGUUUGUGGAUCUUAAAAAGAAAAUAAACCUCAGUGUGAUCAACUUAACAGUAUACAGUUAUAAAGUAAAGUAUUUUUCUUUUUCAAAUCAUGAUGAUGAUUAAUACCCAUUCAUAUUACUGCAGAUAGAUAUUUAUGAAAUGCAUUACAUUUGACAUGGCUUUACUUUGUGUUUAUUAUAAUUACCAUUACAUUUUACAGUAGAAAAUACAGCAAGUGAGAGAAAUGAAAUAGAAA